AUGAGUUCACUUAAAGCUUGGUUUAAUGCGGCCAUUAGUGGAAGAGAGUUUAAUGAAAUUCUAUAUGACGACCUAAAAGAGCUUGUUCAUAUUGGUCGUGGAGCUUUCGGAGAAGUCUAUAAGGCAAACUGUGUAUCUAUUGAAAAUACUGUUGCGGUGAAAAAGAUCUUUAAAUCCUACCUCGAGAAACAGGACGAGUUUGGCGCUUUUAUUAAAGAGCUAAAAUUACAUAGGCAACUUGAUAAUAACAGGAUAAUUAAAUUUAUUGGAAUCAGCAAAGGCCUUAGUGAUCCAGCAAUUUGGAUAAGUAUUGAGAAAGGUGCUCGGGAAGCUCCAAUUUCCAAUACUCCUGUCGGGUAUAUAGAGCUAUAUAAAAAAUUUUGGGAUACAUACCCAUAUCGGAGACCAAAUAUUAGCGAGAUUGUUACUUGUCUAAGCACGAUGCGUUUAGAGCCUGUAUACGAUUCAACAUCAUCACAGUUAGAAACUAGCAGAAGUUUAAACUCGCAUCUAUCAUCUAUAAUAGGCACAGAUCAUAAUUCGACAUUAACGUUUGAUGAUAAGUUUGUGAUUUCAUUAAAGUCGAGCGACGAAACACUUGAUUAUGGUAAAUGCAAAUGUGGACACAAAUUCACUAAUGUUGAAUGGUGCAAUAAAUGUGAAUCUGAAAAUUUUCAAAGCAACUUCAAUCAUUGGACAAGUGGUGGAUAUUCCACGAUUAAUUCAGCAAUAUGGCGUGACGGACCACGUGAAGAAUGGGAUGAGAAAACAUGUCGAUGGAAAAGAGCUUCUAAUACUAAAGUGAUCGUAAGAUAUUCGAAAGAGUCUACGUCAGAUAUCUCUAUGUGGUUGAAAGAAGUUAAACUACAUUUAUGUUGUGAUAAAACUAUUCAGUGCUAUGGAAUCACAAGAAACCAUCUAACUGGCGAAUAUGGGUUAGUCCAAAAAUAUGCAAGUUAUGGUGAUUUACGUUCUUUUAUUAGUCAAAAAGCUUUUAUUGGAUGGUGGCAAAAAUUAAAGAUACUAGAAGGAAUUAUUUAG